UGUUGACAUGUUGGCGCGCAUGCCGGCCAUAUCUUUCUCGUGUGUGGCCUAAGCUGAAGCGCUGUUGUGGUAACGAUAGAAAGCAUAAACAAAAGCAAACUGCUCGUCAACAAGUGUUCUUCCGUCCAUCGCAAGUGUUUCGAGAAACGUGAAAAUGGCUUCCAACCAAGACACGCCUUGUGUCACGGUGUACCACGCAGCUUCCCGGGCCUAUAAACGGCGUUUGGGGGAAAUGGAGUUCCGCCUUGCUUGGCAACCGCAACCACGGAUAGUUGCUGACCGAGCGGAUGAUGUUGUGCCACACGAGCACGAAGCCGAUCCGGUGCCCAUGGAAGGGAUUGAUGCGCUACGAUCGGUAUGCCAAAAUAGCGGAAAGGAAAGCGACUCGGAUGAUAUGUAUGUCGAAGAGGCAACGUCAGAUGCUCCGUACGGGGACCUUUCGUUCGAGGAUGGGUUGAGGAUGUGGGCUUUGCAAAGUGGGCUACCUCAUCGCAGUUUGAACUGGUUGCUGGAUCAUUUGCGACAGCAUAAUCUCCAAGUGCCCCAAGAUGCACGGGCGUUCAUGAGCACACCAGCGACCACAGCACCGGAAAUAGUGCUAACGUCAAUCGCAGGUGGGCAGCUGUGGUACCAGGGUAUUGAAAAAUGCCUGCUAUCAUAUUUUCGCAAAGUUCAGCCAAUUCAGGAAGGAUUUGAGUUGGACUUUUUUUGUGGACGGCCUGCCACUGCGUAAAAGUAGUCGGAGCCAAUUUUGGCCGAUCCUCAUGAAGAUUAAUAACGAGCCGAAUACUCCGGUGAUGACAGUUGCGAUGUUUUGUGGCGAAUCACAACCAGUAUUCGUCGAAGAGUUUUUACGGCCGUUUGUGGAGGAAAUGAACAAGCUGAAUAGGACAAAAGUGAUCAUAGGAGCUCGCGCUUACUGGGUGUGCCCGCGUUCGAUUAUAGCAGACGUUCCAGCGCGUGCAUUUAUUUCAGGUGUUGAACCGCGCAAUGCCAUUAGUGCCUGUAUGAAGUGCACAAUCGAAGGGGAAAUGGAACAAAACCAAAUAUUUUGCCGAUAUGAUGCAGAGCGCCAGUCACGAAAUCAUGAAGAUUUUUGCGAAGAUAAAUACCCGACCCAUGUGAUCAAUCCUACGCUCCUUACUACAAUGGAUCGCUGUGACAUCAUACGCGAUUUGAUUGCGGCCGAAGAAGUGCAACUUAUCUAUAAGGGUGUUGAGGCGAAAUUAAUGCAGUUGUGGAUGGAAAGAUUUCCUGGCGUACAGUGCAUGUUAACACCACAGCAACAACGUAAAGUGUCGGCGCACUUGCGACUGUUGAAGCUUCCUUCAGACUUUCAGCAUAAACUGCGCGACCUUCGGUACGUUCCCUUCUGGAAAGCUUCAGAGCAUAGAAUGUUUCUGUUGGUGGCUGGUUUCGUGGUUCUAAAGGGCCGACUUAACGAGGCAGCGUACCAACAUUUUAUGUUGUUGUUCUUGGCGGUUACUUUCCUGUCCACCUCGUACCAUUGCGACAAAUGGGCAAUGGCUGAUGAUUUAUUGCAUAGGUUUGUGGAAGCUUAUGGAAACGUGUACAGCCCAGUACUAUUAGACAGCAACGUGCAUAAUUUGCUGCACAUUCAUGACGAUGUUUGCAGAUUCGAUGCGUUACAUACUGUUGUGGAGACGGACAGCGUCGCGCAACAUUGUGGCUCUGGGUUGUUCGCAGAGUGCGACAGCCCUGGACGUCACCCGAGCUGUCCGUCGAGGGCGACCGUGUGACGGAGCGAAAGGGCCGCGCCAUCGCGGCUAGGGCACGACGACCGUUCACCCGGGGCAUUCGGGUCUCGGGUGAUCAACGAGUGCGGUAACCGUUACGCGGCUGCGCCGAGGUUUUUACGUUUCAACAAAUAUUUAAUGUGUUAGGAAUAAAGUUUGGAUGUUUUGUUUGUAA